AUGAUAGAGCGGUGGCAACCAGAGACGCACACGUUUCAUCUACCCAUCGGCGAGGUGAACAUCACGCUUGAAGACGUGAAGGUUCUUUUCGGGCUGCCGGUUGAUGGGUUACCUGUAGCUUACCCGCAUGCUCUCAGAGACUAUACGGGAUUGCAUUACCUGCAUAUGUUGCAGCGGCUCACCGGAUUCCAGCCAGCGGAGGAGACGGCAUUGAGUGGAGCCACUCGUUUGCAGCUGACGCUCGUCCAGCAGCAUCUGGAGGCGAUGAAUGCGGAGAUUACGGAUGAUUCACCGUCGGAGUUUAUCGAUCGACACACGAGAUUGGUGUUGCUGCUGAUGUUUGGUGGUGUAGUGUUCCCUAACAUUUUGGGAAACCUAGCAGAUGUGUUGGGAUCCAUGGGCACCCAGAGAGACGUUGCCGGAUUUUUACCGCUGCUGCAGGUUUGGGCCUGGGAGCGAUUCCUGCAGUUCCAACCACCUCUAACACCCAUCACUCCGGAUGUACCACCUCCACCAUUUCUUCCUCUUGGAGGUGGGUUGAUAGGUGAGGAUACGAGCGUGAGGUCGAGGCUCGACAUCAUCUCCCCUAUUACAGAGAUUUGUUGGAUUUGCUUGAAGGCAUGCAAGUUCUUAAAGAGGCCAUACAACGACGUGCUCAUAGCUGGUUUGCUCGAUUAUUGCUCCUGCGGCCGAGCUAUGUGGAGCUCUUCUAUCCUACUGAUAUGUCUCGAUAUUGUCGAGCAUCAUGCCACCGAGGUUGACCAGACAUACUUGGACUGGCUAGAGGCCCAAAUUAAGCUUUGGGACCAGAGGUAUGACCUGAUUCCUCCACCCCCUGCACCUGAGCGUAUGGAUGGCGAGCAUGAGUAUAUGGGAUGGUAUCGCAGCGUUACCCGACUUCAUGUCGGGAAUCCCGUUCAUUGCGUUGGUGGUCGGUAUAUUCCAUACGCUGGGAGGCAUGAGGCACAGAUGCUGUAG